AUGCUGCAGAAAACGCUUUUAUGCAGUUUGAGUGUAAGAACAAGCUGGAAUCACGCUGGGUCGGCUCGCGGGCUGCAAGUUUCUGCCGGAAUAACUACCCAAGGCGAUAACAGGGAGGAGAGCUAUGCCGCCUUCCAGGCUCUCCGCAGGCGCUUCCUAGGUUACACCCUGGCUCGGAAAACUUUCAAUGAUGUGUUUGAGCUGCUUAGUGGAGGAGAAUCAUAUGAAGAAUGCAGCACAAACGUUGCAGACUACACCGAAGACGGUGAAGACAGCGCAAACGUUCCGAACUCGGAAGACGCCGAAACUAGUGACGCCAAUCCGCGAGGCGAGUUGCGAAAUGGCGGGCCGUCUGACGCCAGAGACGAGUCUUAUGAGGUUGCCCCACCGGAGAUAGUUGAAAAAUAUCAAGGUACCGGGGAUCAUGACAAGACAAACUUGAAAAUGUUGGAUUAUGACGCACACAGAGCUGCGAACUCGAAGACUGCUCAGGCUCAACCUGAGGACACACGAACGUCGCAGGGAUCGUCUACUACCGACGAAACCCCGCAAACUUCACCCAGAAGGCAUUUUGGCAAAGCGAAACCAACACAGGGGAAGAGGAGGUCCUCCCGUGGGUCGACACUAGGGUUUCUGGGUAGAGCAGCGAUUUUGCUCGUGCUUAAAGUGCUUCUUUCCAAGAGGCACUGGUCCGCUUGCAGGACAGCCAUUAUCUUGGGCACGGUAUUCCCUGGCCCACAGCAAGCUGCAGCACUGGCGUUUUUCCAGCCUCUGACGCUGUCGUAUGCGGUGGCUCCUGCACUCCGAAGGAUGCAACCGAGCUUAUGGCGCUCGAUCGAUUUUUGGCAACGGAUUCUACCCGUAUAUGUGGCAUAUAAGAUGACCCAAAAGCGCGCGGGCAGACUCAAAGCGGAAGACGCGCUUGCUCUCUGGGAAAAACGCCAUCAGUGGGGAAGCGAACGAGUUUACCGUCUCUGCGUUGAGCUCGGUGGCGCAUACCUGAAAAACGGCAUUCUGCUGAGCACGCGGAGUGAUUUUCUUCCCCAGACGUGGUGCAAGCGCCUGUGGGAGCUACCACAUGAAGGCCGAGCAAUGACUAUCGAAGAAGUUCGAGCAACUUUCCUUGAGUGUUUCAGCAUGCCCAUGGAGAGCAUUUUUCUUUGGUACGAUAGAACGCCCCUUGCGUCAGCCACUGUGGCGCAAAUUCACAAGUGUGAAAUGCCUGAUGGUCGCUUGGUGAUAUUGAAGGUGCAGUACCCAGGGCAAGAGCGACUCUGCCAAAAGGACUUUCGCAAUCUCCGGGUGCUCGCGCAAUUUUUGCAGGCACUUGACUUGCGCAUAGAUCUUGUCUCUAUCGUUCGUGAAUACGAACGCUUGAUACCGCUAGAGUUCGAUUUUGAACGCGAAGCUCGGAUGAUGACUGUCAUCCGUCGAAAUCUUCGACAGGCAAAUCUUGAUCACGUCGUAGCGAUUCCGGAAAUAGUCAACGAUCUUGUGUCCAGACGAGCACUUGUCAUGACGUACAUCCCAGGUUGUUACAUCCUGGAUCGAGAGAAAAUUCGCGGCUGGGACCUCGACCUACGCACCCUCCUGGAAAAUAUUGCCGCUGUCUUCGGACAAAUGAUACUUGUCGAUGGCAUCUUCCACGCGGAUCCGCAUCCCGGGAAUUUUGUUGUCAUGCAAGAUGGAAGAGUAGCGCUGCUUGAUUUUGGUCAAGUCAAGCGCAUUCGCGAGUUUGUGCGGCGGCGGCUCUGCUGGCUCUACCUCGCGAUUGCGGAUUGCGAUGGACCGUUGAUUGCGGCUCGCUUCCAGGAGCUCGGCGUACGAUUCGAUGCCACUGCAGGCUUUCGAUCCACAGUGGUUUGGACACCACUAGAGUCUCGCCCUAGCACCAGCGAGCUAGCUGCAGAACAAAGCGAGACAGAAUCUUCUUACGGCUUGACUGCUGGCGAUACACGUCCUCGGGAACAAUCCUCGAUGCAUAGUAUCUCUCGAAUUGGAUCAUUCAUGUACUCCCCAACCGAUGCUGAUCUCGCGCUCUUCGCUCGCUUCCUGUUCGAUACGUCAACCCUCGAUGAGCUCGAAAUGAACGCACUCGGCUCUCUGAAUCCUCUCCGUUUUAUUCGCUUCCAAGAGUAUCCGGAUGAUAUUUUUUCUGUUCUCCGCGUGAUGCGCCUGCUUCGCUGCCUAGCCGAUGAAUUGAAUAUCGCCAUCUCGAUGGCUGACAUUUUUGCGACCUAUGCGGCUCGGGGCAUCCGAAAAGUUGCUCAGGUAAGCGCACACACUGGAAAUUCCCUGGAGCGAAGAUCGAACUGGGCCCAAAUGCGCCGCCACCAAUCCGCGUCUCCAAUGAAAGAGAGCCGAGACGCGUCGCCUUCGAGUCCCGCCAACAGGCUGGGUAUGAGGGUGUCACCGGCGCGGAUAAGCCACACCUACGUCGAUGCGCUGGAACGAACAUCUAGAAUCGACCGUGCCAUGUCCCUGCCCAACACGCCGCUGCAUGAGCGGCUGCACAACGGGGACACGUUGAGGGGCGACGCGGGCGCUUCGCCAGCGCCGCCCCGCACCUCGAGCUGA